AUGGCCACGGAGGCUCGGCAUGAUGGCUACAGUGAUGACGAUGAUGAUAAGCCUAUAGCGUUCAGGAGAAGUGAUCAUAACGGAGAUUCUGAAGAUGCUAGAUCUUUAAGCUCUAUAAUUUUCAGGAAUACCCCUUUAAAUAGGCGGCCAAGUAAAAUCGUUGAAGAUGAGUCAGAUGAUGAUGAAGUUCCAAUAGCGUCAAGGUUGCAAAAGAAGAAUGAUAAACAAGACUCUACUGAUGAAAAGAAUAGUUCCACACUUGAGAACGAAGGGGCGGCUAACAAGGUAUCUGGUAAGAGGCUUCUGGAGAAGGGCAGUUCUGCAGAUCAAUCUUCCAUGAAGAAGCUCAAGGUAUCAUCUUCAUCAACGUCAGUUUCAAUGAAACAAGAUUCUUUGAAAACAGGAAAACAAGGUGAUAAGAGGAAGGGUAAACAAUUGUCUGUGAAAGAAGAUGAAACCGACGAUGACGAUGAUGUUCCAAUUGCCAAGAGAAUCAAGUCAUCAAAUUCCUCCAAUAGUAAGAAACCACCUGCAAAGCCUAAAGUAGGAAAACAGAGUUCUACGUCAUCAGCUACUAAGUCCAAAGCGACAAGAGUAGUUUCUCCUCCGUCCAAGACAAGGAGCAAAAAGUCCAAGAAAGUGAUUAAGGACUUUAAUUAUGCUAAGUCUUCAAAAUCCUUACCUUCAGGCGAUGGGAAAAAGAAAUGGACUACCUUGGAACACAAUGGUGUCACUUUUCCACCUCCAUAUGAACCUCAUGGGGUGAAGAUUCUAUAUAAGGGGAAGCCAGUCAACUUAUCUCCUGAGCAAGAAGAGGUUGCAACGCUGUUUGCUGUGUUGAGGGAGACAAACUAUUAUAGUAAACCUCAAUUUAGGGAGAACUUUUGGAAUGAUUGGCGAAAACUACUUGGCCAAAAUCAUGUGAUACAGAAGCUGGAUGAUUGUGACUUUACCCCCAUAUAUGAUUGGCAUUUGGAGCAGAAGAAGGUAAACUCAAAGAGAAUAUAUUUCUUUAAUGAUAUGCAGGUGAAAAAAGCUUCGAGACAGAAGGAGGAGAAAUAUAUGUGGGCUGUGGUGGACGGUGUCAAAGAGAAGGUUGGAAAUUUCAACGUUGAACCUCCUGGGCUAUUUCGUGGUCGAGGAGAUCAUCCCAAGAUGGGAAAAUUGAAAAAGCGUAUCCAUCCUUGUGACGUUACUCUAAAUCUUGGGAAAGAUGCUCCUAUCCCUGAAUGUCCUAUCCCUGGUGAAAGAUGGAAAGGAGUAAUGCAUUACGACACAGUCACCUGGCUAGCUUAUUGGACUGAUCCUAUAAACCAAGGUUUCAAGUAUGUUUCAUUGUCGGCUAGCAGUACUCAGAAAGGCCAAAGUGACAAGAAGAAGUACGAGAAAGCCAGGAAGCUUAAGGACCACGUAGACCAUAUAAGAGCAUCGUACACCACAAAUUUUACUGCUAAGGAUGUUUCAAAGCGACAGAUAGCUGUGGCUAUCUAUCUCAUUGAUAAAUUGGCACUUAGAGCUGGUAAUGAGAAGGGUGACGAUGAAGCGGACACUGUUGGUUGUUGUACAUUAAAAGUAGGAAAUGUGGAGUGUGUUCCUCCAAAUAAGUUAAAGUUCGACUUCAUUGGUAAAGAUUCAAUCCAAUAUGUGAAUACGGUGGAGGUUAAACCUGCUGUUUACAAAACCAUUCGACAGUUCCGGGCUGGUAAAUCCAAUUCAGACGAUGUUUUUGAUGAGUUAGACACACACAAACUGAAUGCUUAUCUUAAGGAGCUUAUGCCUGACCUCACAGCUAAAGUAUUCCGUACUUACAAUGCAUCCAUCACACUGGAUACAAUGUUGAGGCAAGAAACUAGAGAUGGUGAUGUUAAGCAGAAAGCAGUAGUUUACCAGCAAGCAAACAAGGAAGUAGCCAUUAUUUGUAAUCACCAGCGUACAGUUUCAAAGUCUCACGGUGCACAAGUUGAGAGAUUGGCUGGAAAAAUAAAAGACCUUAAGGAGGGUUUAAAAGAACUUACAACCAAUCUGGAGAGAGCUAAAAAGGGAAAAGCUCCGUUGGAAGGCGCAGAUGGAAAGAAAACGAGAAACAUAACUCCAGAAGCGUGGGAGAAGAAGAUAGGUCAACAGAUGAUGAAGAUAGAGAAGGUGGAACGAGACAUGCAGACAAAGGAGGAUUUGAAAACGGUGGCGCUAGGGACGUCUAAGAUCAAUUACAUGGAUCCUAGGAUCACGGUAGCGUGGUGCAAACGCCAUGAAGUACCCAUUGAAAAGAUAUUCAACAAGUCUCUACUGGAGAAAUUUGCGUGGGCGAUGGACGUAGAACCUGACUUCACAUUCUAAAUCUGCAGCAGCUGCGAGUUUCUCA